AUGGCUGAAAUCGUUAGCGCCUUCAUUACUUUGCUCUGUGGGAAGCUCAACUCCGCAGACUUGAUGAAGCUGGCUCAAUCUAAUGGAAUCGACACUCAGCUGAAAAAAUUGAAGAAAACCUUGCCCCUGAUCCAAGCUGUGCUUGCUGAUGCAAGAAAUAAGCAGAUAACAUACAUAGCUGCUCAACGGUGGCUGUGCGAUCUCUGUGAAUUGACUUACGAUAUAGACGACUUACUCGAUGAUUUAACCACCGAAGAUAUGCGAGGCAAGUUGAAUCAAGAAUCCCGUGCUAGCAUCAACAAUACGAUUUUGAAGUUAUUGUCAAGUUUUAGUAAUUUUGGUCCCCACAGCAUCAUGUAUGGUCGGCAGAUGAGUUGUAAGCUGGAUGAGAUUACCUACCAGUUGGAUACAUUUCUGGAAAGGAAAAAUGAUUUGGGUUUGAAUGUAAUUGUUGAAGUAGAGUCAUAUAGAAGGGCGAGACGGUUGGAGGAAAUUCCAGUUGAGUCGCAAAUAAUUGGUCGGGAAAGGGAUAAAGAGGCAUUGCUGAUGAAGUUGUUGGGAAGUGAUGAAAAUGUUGGCGUAGUGUCCAUAGUUGGUAUGGCUGGGGUAGGCAAAACCGCUCUUGCUGAAGUUUUGUACAACGAGGAGAAACUGAAGGAUCACUUUGAACUUAGAGCAUGGGUUUGUGUUACUGAGGCAUACAGUAUAUUUCAUAUCGGCAAGUCCAUUUGGGAAGCUGUAAGCGGGGAGGCCAAAAGAUUUCCUGAUCUUAAUCUGCUUCAUGUGGCCCUGAAAGAAAAACUUUCAAAGAAGAGGUUCCUACUGGUUCUUGAUGAUGUAUGGAACAUAGACUACCUUUUAUGGAAACUUCUUGGAAGCCCGCCUCUUGUAGGUGCACCUGGAAGUAAAGUUAUUGUCACAACCGGGAGAACCAGGGUUGCAUCAGUGAUGGGCUCUAUUGAAACUUACCAUUUGGAUUUGUCAAAUGAAGAUGCUCUGUCUUUAUUUGCUCAACAUGCCUUGGGUGAAAAAACCUUUAACAAACAUCCAACACUUCGGUUGCAUGGUGAAGCUAUUGUGAAGAAAUGUGGUGGAUUACCUCUUGCUCUAAUAAUGCUUGGGAGGGUCUUGAAGACAAGUAAAAAUGAUGAUGAAUGGAAGAAGUUGUUGACGAAUGAUGUAUGGGAUAUAAAGGAUGCAAGAGGGAUUCUUUGGACUCUAAAACUAAGUUACUAUCAUCUCCCUCCACAUUUGAAGCUGUUGUUUGCAUACUGCUCCUUCUUUCCUAGGGGCUAUGUGUUUGACAAGAAAACGUUAGUCCUAAUGUGGAUGGCAGAAGGCUUCUUGUCCCAAUCAAUAGGCGACAAGUCAAUGGAGAGUUUGGGUUAUGAGUCUUUUGAAGAGCUAAAGUCAAGAUCGUUUUUUCAAUAUUCAACAAAUGACGAAGUAGGGCAUACAAUGCAUUACCUGCUAGGUGACUUGGCAACAAGUGUUGCAGGAGAGUUUUUCUUUAGAUCCGAUGAAGAGAUGGAUGUAUCCAACAUGAAUGAAACUUUUGAGAAGUUACGCCACUUUUCACUUAAAGCUCUACAAGGUGUCUCAUAUAAAAAGCUGAUCAAGGAAUUACAAAGAUCCCAACGUUUGCGCACUUUCUUACUAAUGUCAUCUGGUUGGAAAAGUAAUGAUUUAUUGGACAAUUUUCUUGUUGAAUUACUUCCUGACCUACAGUUCCUAAGGGGGCUCAGUCUAAGUGGCUGGAAUAUAACAAAGAUACCUCAAUCCAUUGGUGAUCUCAAGCAUUUGCGGUACCUCAAUGUUUCUAAUACUAGAAUCACAUGUUUGCCUGAACAAGUGAGUGACCUUUGUAAUUUACAAAGCUUGUUGGUUAGUGGUUGUUAUGAGUUAUCUGCCUUGCCUGAAAGUUUUGUUAACUUAAUAAACCUGAGACAUCUUGACAUAAGUCGUACUCCAAAGUUAAACAAGAUGCCCUUGGGGAUUGGUGGGUUGACAAGUCUACAAACUCUACCAAAGGUUAUUAUUGAACGAGAUAACGGCUUCAAAAUAUCUGACCUUAAGGACCUAUCAAAUCUUCAAGGUCGACUUUCUAUCAUGGGGCUGGACAAAGUGAUAAGUCCACUGCAAGCAAAGGAUGCCAACUUACAUGAAAAGGAGGGUCUUGAUGUUUUGGAUAUGGAAUGGAGUGAUGUGUUUGAUGAUUAUCGGAAUGAGUUGAUUGAAUAUGAAGUACUUGAAGAGCUAAGGCCUCAUCAUAAGUUGAGAAAUCUGAAGAUUUUGUUCUACAAAGGAAUGACAUUUCCUGAUUGGGUGAGUGAUCCCUCAUUUGACCAGUUAACCGAGCUUACAUUAUGUGGGUGUAGAAAUGAUUGUUUACCAAUGCUUGGAUGUCUACCUUCACUUGGUAAAUUGUUUGUUAAAAGAAUGAAUGAGGUGAAAACCGUGGAUUUUGAGUUACUUUCAUCUUCUAAUUCUUUCCUUGGUGUUGCAUUUCCAUCGCUUGAAGUUUUGAAAUUUGAUGAUAUGCAAGAAUGGAUGGGAUGGUUCAUUAGUGGUGGCAAUUACUAUGGAACUAAAAAACCGUUUCCUCGUCUGCGUGAGUUAUCUAUAAAACAUUGUCCAAGAUUGGUACAAGUGUCAAUUGGAUUUAUACCAUCACUUCGUGUUUUACAUGUAGAAGGAUGUCUGGAACAAGUGUUAAGAAGCAUUAUUGGUGCCACUUCAUCGCUCAUCGCAUUGAAAAUGGGGAAUGUUAAAGGACUUGUUCAACUAGAUGAAGAGCAUUUAAUGUGUCUUGGGGCCGUUGAAGAUCUAUAUAUUGAUAGAUGUGAUGAAUUAAGAUACUUAGGGGAACCAGAAACGGAGGACUAUGAGUUUCUUAGCAGUUUACAGAAGUUGGAGGUACGUAACUGUGACGCAUUAGAGAGUUUGAUUUGUCCAAAUCGUGUGGAGAGGUUGGUGAUAAGUUGUUGUCGUAAAAUGACAUCUUUGACCUUCUCACCAUUGCUUCAACUCCCUUCCUCAAUCAUGUUUUCCCUAAGAUCUCUUGACAUCCAUGGCUGCAACAAUCUAAAAUCAUUUCCUCAUGAGCAUUUGGAGAGUCUCAAAUCUUUGGAAGAACUGUGUAUAUGUGAUUGUCCUAGUAUGGACUAUUCCUUUCCUUGUGGGUUGUGGCCUCCUAAUUUACGUAGCCUUGGUAUAGGAUACUUGAAUAAGCCCAUGUCAGAGUGGGGCCCACAAAAAUUUCCAACCUCACUUGUUGAACUACUUCUAUAUGGAAAACAUUCAGGAGUCGUUUCAUUUGCUGUGGGAGAACAUGCGAGCAAUACCACUACUUCUACAUCAUGUUUUCUUCUGCCACCAUCUUUAGCAUCUCUGGGACUGAAUGGUUUUAUGGAAUUGGAAUCACUUUCAGAGGUUUUACAACACCUGCCCUGCCUUAAAACUCUUCAUAUUUGGUCAUGCCCGAAACUUAGAGAUCUGCCCGAGACAACUUCAUCUUUGACAGUAAAACUGUGGCUGUAGAAAAGGUCGUAUCAGAUCAAGAUUACCAUGAGAUGGGAAGAUAGUGACUAUGCAUCUUCUAUGUGAACUCCUUCAAGAGUGGUUCAGUCCGAUGGGUUUUGGAGAUGGAGAGUUAAUAAGGUUCAGAGACGUCUCCAUGUUGGAGACACAUAAUACGUUUGUUCUUGCAGUUUCGUUACUCCAGGUAUAUAUUCAUCUGGGAUGAGGAUUUUAGAUUGGAAGAUUUUGAUGGCGAAAGGUGAAAAUUUCAAAAUCUUGUACCUUUUAAUGACUGAAAAAAUUAGAACAUAUUCUCAAGUCAAGACAGAUGCCAGGUGGCGCUGAAGCUACUGUUGUGAAAUUGAGUUGCUACUAGGAUCUAGAAAAAACAGUUGGUAAAUAGCAUCCUUGUAUGUGUCAACUACAUUUUCAAUACACACAGUAGCAAAAUACUUACAUUUGUUUCUGAAUCAUAGCUUCCUACUUUCUUUCUGAAAUAGUGGAACUGUUUAAAACUGUAAUUUCAUAUUCUAAUUUUGAAUUGUAAGAUUCUACUUUCA